AUGCUCAGGGACUACAUACAAUUGGAUUGUGCCGAACGUUUCGGGCCUUUGCACGGCACCUGGGAGGUCCUGCCACCAAUGCCCACAGCCCGUGCUGGCUGUGCCGCAACGACAGCUGACGGGUUGAUCUACGUCUGCGGAGGCCGGCUGUGCGAGACGGUCUUGGCCGCAGUGGAGCGAUUCGAUCCAGGAAUCGAGCGAUGGGAGAUGCUGCCAAGGCAGCCUACCGCACGGAGCGGCUGCGCGGCUGCGACGGCCAAGGGCUGCGUCUACAUCAUGGGCGGGAAAUGCAGCAACGGUCGUGUUCAAGGCGUGGCAGAGCGCUUUCACCCCACUUUUGGACGGUGGGAGAAGCUUCCACCGAUGCUCUCCCCGCGGUCUGCCUUUGCUGCAGGCACCGUGGGGGACUUGAUCUACGCGGCAGGGGGCUUCAACGGAUCCAUCGCCCUCUCCAGUGUGCUUGGGCAGUUACCGGUUCAAAGGCCAAUGCAAGACUACAGAAGGACAUGUAGACCAUAUUGCAUGAUUUUUUGA